CCCAAAUAUUCUCACAAAUACUUCACCUUCUCGGCAACGUCAAACAUCAAUACAAAUUCUCAAAGUGAGAGGCAAACACUGUCGACUUCGAUUUCAUUUUUGCUCUUAUUACGCACCACAACUAUGGUCGUCUUCGCUUCCGGCCCAGAGACCAUUCACAAGCCUCGAAUUCUUUGCUUGCAUGGCGGAGGCGUGUCUGCAAGGAUAUUUCGGCUUCAAGCCAGAAGCUUGGUAGCAAGUCUUGCUCCAUACUUCCGCUUGGUAUUCGCAGACGGUCCUUUUCCCUGUAUAAUGCACGAAGACCUGAAGCCGGUUUACAGCCAGAUGGGUCCCUGCUACAGUUGGGCUUCCUGGAUGCCUCACCACGUUACUCCGGAUGGUAUCGAUGCCGACACCGUCAUCAACGAGAUUGAAGACAAGCUGCGCAUGACCAUGAAAGCCGACCCUGGCACGGGAGAAUGGGUUGGCUUGCUCGGAUUCAGCCAGGGCGCCAAACUCACCACGAGCAUACUGUUGGAGAACCAGAUGCGACAGGAAGAGGCUCGAUGGGACUGGAGGGGAAACCCGGUAGAGGGGUUUGCCGGCGUCCACUGGAAAUUUGGAGUCGUCAUGGCGGGACGUGGACCUCCAAUUUCACUCAGCGACCGGUCCAAGGACAGCUUGUAUUUUGACCUAGCAGGCACUCCGAUAAACGCAUCUGGCUCAUUCGCGGGUCGAGUUCCGGAAGAUUUCUUACUGCGGACACCGACUUUGCACGUACACGGAACUCGAGAUGAAGGCCUACCUUUGCAUCAGAAGCUGUUGCGUCAGUAUAUGGCACCGGAGAGCGCAAUUUUGGUCGAAUGGGAAGGGAAACAUCGUGUUCCUAUCCGGUCGGCAGAUGUUGGGGCUGUAACGCAGGGAAUUCUUCAAAUCUACAAGGAUUCGCGGUUCGCUUGAAGAGAAGAUUUUAUUAGCUAUUAUUGAUUUGACAAGAGGCGUUUGUGGCGUUUGAAGGCUGACUUGGGGAAUAGGGAAGCGAGCGAGGUAUUUCAACUGGGCUCGUGUUUGACUGGGUGCCUCGAGCUUAAAUUGUCUUGAUUACGAAGAUUAGAUGCAGAUAUAACUUCAAGUGCGUAUCAUUGGGGC